AUGUCCAACGAACUCCCCACCACCGCCACCAACGGAAAUGGACACGGCCACGGCAACAAUGUCUCCUCUACCUUCACCGUCAAGGCCGGUCUUGCGCGUAUGUUAAAGGGAGGUGUAAUUAUGGAUGUCGUCAACGCCGAACAAGCAAGAAUCGCAGAAGAAGCAGGCGCAGUAGCAGUCAUGGCACUCGAACGUGUGCCAGCUGAUAUUCGAGCUCAAGGAGGUGUAGCCCGCAUGUCUGACCCAAAGAUGAUUAGAGAAAUCAUGGAGACAGUUACUAUACCCGUGAUGGCCAAGGCAAGAAUCGGUCACUUUGUAGAAUGUCAAAUCCUCCAAUCAAUCGGCGUAGACUACAUCGACGAAUCCGAAGUGCUCACCCCAGCCGACGCCCUCCACCACGUGGAAAAACACCCCUUCACCAUCCCCUUCGUAUGCGGCUGCCGCAAUCUCGGCGAAGCCCUCCGCCGCAUCUCCGAAGGCGCAGCCAUGAUCCGCACCAAAGGUGAAGCCGGCACCGGAGACGUCAUCGAAGCCGUCCGCCACCAACGCCAAGUAACCUCCGAAAUCCGCGCCGCAUCGCUCAUGUCCGACGAGGAGCUCCGCAUCCUAGCAAAGGACAUCCAAGCACCCUUCGAACUACUCAAAGAAACCGCGCGACUGGGACGACUUCCCGUGGUAAACUUUGCCGCGGGUGGAAUCGCCACUCCUGCCGAUGCGGCACUCAUGAUGCAGUUGGGAUGCGAUGGUGUGUUUGUCGGGAGUGGGAUAUUCAAGAGUGGGGAUGCGGCGAAGAGGGCACGGGCUAUUGUGCAGGCUACGACGCAUUUUAAUGAUGCGAAGGUUUUGGCGGAGGUGAGUGAGGAUUUGGGUGAGGCGAUGGUGGGGUUGAAUUGUGGGACUAUGGAUCCUAAGGAGAAGAUGCAGGGGAGAGGAUGGUAG